GGUGCAUACAACAUUUUUGUCAUUAAGUUAAACAGCAGUUUUGGGCAUGAUGGACAGGCCUUCAAGCAUGGACAGAAUAAUGUCUCACUGGAUCUGUUGUAACUCGUGCUUCAUGUCUCCUGGUCCUGAGCGUCAGCUGGCUGUCACAAACUGUGGCCACAUCAUCUGUAAUGUUUGCUUUCAGAGAGAAAAUCAAGGUGUGUGUCUCAUUUGCAAAGCAAAGUGUCAAAUCUCUCCACUGUCUGAUAAGAGCAGCUCAGAGGUUCAGGAGCUUUUCUCGGAUAUCAAUGCAGUUACAGCAGUCAAGUACUUCUCAGAUAUAAGCAAGGUCUUACAAUUCCAGGCCAGACACCAGAAGCGAUUACUGGCCCACUAUCAGCAGAAGAUUGAGAGAAUGAAGGAGGAUGAACUGAAAAUGCAACAAGAGAUGCAGAAGAUGUCAAAGAAAAUUUCAGAACAGAAUGCCUACAUAUCAAAAUUAGAGAUGACUGUUCAAAAUCAAAGUUCAAGACUGGCAUUACAGUCCAACCGAGAUCUACAGUCAGCAAGUCAAAGACAAGCUUCUUCAGUGACACAAGUUCCCUAUUCUUCUCCACUCUUAAUGUCACGAUCCGUAUCCUCUGCUAGCCUAGCUGAUAGCAUAGAAAUCGACAGCAGGGGGCUCUCUCACAAAACGGACGCCUUGAGUAGGAUUUGUCUCAGAAGCUCACCGCAGAACUGCCGCAUAGGUUCAGUUCAUCACAGGGCAUCAAGUCAGAGCUCUAUGGGAAGCCAUUCAACGCCAUUCAGUGCCACUGUCAGGGAAUUCUCCAGUGGUCUACGGGAGCCUGCGAUGAGUCCAUCCCAUAAUAUGGCCUACCGCAGAGAGUCAUUAUGGGAAACGCCUGUGUUCAAACUGCCCUCGGCCUACAAAUACGGUUCUGUGUCGUCCCUGGGACCCCCUCUCUGAUGUACACUCCAGUCCAAAAGCAAUACGGCUAAUCACAACUCAAAAUAUUAUUGUAUGUCACAAAGCUCUGCUAUUUUUACCAGAUACUUUUAGGAAAAAGACAUCAGGCCUAUUAAUAUAUCAACAUCCAGGCCUGUAGUCGAGCAAUGAACACACUGCAGCGCUGCCCUGUAACUGACUCUCUUAUGAUGCAUUAAUGCUGCCUCUCAAUGAACAUCUGUGCUCUUGUUUCCAUAAAUGUUCCUAUGUAUCGUAGCAAUUAGUCACAGACCCUCAUUGAGUGGUUUGUGACUGUGAAUUUUAAUUUGCCAUUUUGCGCAUGACUCGCAUUGUGUCGGCAGCAUGUGCUGUUAAUCACAUCCAAUAUGUUCUCUGCCGCAUGUUUCUGUUCUGAUUCUCUUCUGAUUUCACACUGAUAACAUUGUA